GUCAGUUCGCAGGCGGUGGACGUGCCGGAAGCAGCAGAAUAGUGUAAUCCUCGUGUGCAGCUCGUCGCUUAUGGUCAACUUCUGCCCACUCACCAGAAUGAAGAUGGCGGUGUUGUGCACUUUGGCGGCAGCUCUGAUGGGAAGAUCCGUCGGAGCUCUCCCGCCUCCUGAGAGAUCUUACAAGAUUCUCAUGCUGUUACCAGUGUCCUCGGCAAGCCACAACCGCGUCUUCAAACCCGUGGCAGAAGGUCUGGCUGAUCGAGGCCACAAGGUGAUGAUGCUGACAGACAUUCCGGUGGCGUCCCAACAUCCAAAUAUCACGGAGAUCCAACAUGGCCUUGCCUAUUUUUCUUUAGCAAAGAAAAACAUGUUCGUCGUCAGGAAAAAUGAAAACUAUGACGGACUGAAAAGGACAAUGGUCUCCUUCGCCAAAAAUCUCUACAAAGUACCAGCGGUGAAAGAACUGUAUCAGAGAAGGAAGGAAUUCGACCUCGUGAUAGUGAGUCACAAGUUAAAUGAGAUGACUUAUCCCUUCGUGCACGAGGUCCCCUUCAUCACUAUCGUCACGCCCGGGUUGGAUCCUGAACACAGUAGCAUUCUUGGCAACGUUCUCAUGCCGUCCUUCGUACCUGAAAUACAAUUUGUUCCACGAUCCUUCCAAAUGUCCGUCUGGGAACGCUUCGAAAACACAGUUUGGCGCAUUGCUUUUUCAUUUAUUUGGAGGCAAUGGCGAGUUAUGCCGUUGGUUCAAGAAGAGAUCUCAGCCCAGUUCCCGGAUCUGCCGCCGCUGCUGGAGAUCGAGAGAAACCAAAGUCUGUCACUGCUGAACACUCACUUCAGCAUCUCCACCACGGUGCCCCUGCUGCCCUCACAGGUGGAGGUGGGCGCCAUGCACUGCCGCCCGGGAAGGGCUCUCUCAGAGGACCUGGAGUCGUGGAUUGCAGGCGCGGGCACUGAGGGCGUCAUCUACUUCAGUCUAGGCUCCGUCACUCGCGGUGAAACCAUGCCGCCGGAGUACCGCCAAGCCUUCCUAAAGGCUUUCCGUAGACUGCCGCAGCGAGUCCUCUGGAAGUACGAGGGAGAGUUGGAGGGCGUGUCAGAUAACGUGAUGAUCAGCAGCUGGCUGCCCCAGCAGGAUAUCCUCGCUCACAACAAUGUGAAGGUGUUCAUCUCCCACGGCGGUCUUCUCAGCUUUCAAGAGUCCAUUUUCCACUCCACGCCCCUACUCGUCCUCCCCAUUUUCGGUGACCAGCCAAGGAAUGCCAUGUACGUGGAAAACUCGGGUCUGGGUCACAUGAUGGAGUGGGAGGAACUUACUGCUGACAGGAUCGUCGACGCCCUCACGGAUAUCAUAACCAAUGCAAAGUACAGAGAGACCGUGUCGGCAAUGUCGGCGUCCUUGAGGGAUCAGCUGACGACGCCGCAGGAGCGCGCUGUCUUUUGGUCGGAGUACGUGAUCCGCCACCGAGGGGCGCCGCAGCUGAGGUGCCCGGCCACCCAGCUGUCCUGGGUGGAGUUCCUGCUACUGGACGUGGUGGGCCUCCUGUUACUGGCUCUCCUGGUGCUGCUGCUCCUCCUGCGUUGUUUUCUUAGGGCAGCCUCCACCGUCGUCUUUGGUACUUAUUCCAAAAACAAGUUAGAGUGAUUUGACGGUUCAGUUUAAAACACAAAAGUAAGGAAUGUGUUGGCAAGAUAUGCGAAACGAAUAGGGAGUCUGAUUUGAGUUUUUUUUAUUUUUUGUGUCAUGGUUGAAUAUUACGCGUGCGGAAUUUUCACUUCUCAGGACAAGACCGAGCAUUCAUGCAUGGGUUAGGAUUCAUCGUAUCAACCUUAUUCUAUUUAUAUGAAGUGAAACUCUAAAUACACGAGGGAACCUUUGGGCUUGGCAAGGUUCGAUAUCUGUGUAGAAAAUUUCGUAAAAUCCACAAAAGGCAUAAUACUCACCGACGCUGCUAAGUUUGAAUUUCGUUUUGGUCGCGAGAUCUAGUGGCCGUACGAAGUUUCUUAAUUUCAUGGAAUCUGUCAUAUAACACAUGGAAUGGAGUUGUUUGGGUUCGAAAUGUUUAUUGUCGCCCUGGCAGUUUAUUUUCGAGUGAUGAUGCAAGAACACACCCGAUCGCAUGUCUUUCCCUAUACUCAUGUGAAAAUUCUGUACUGUUAUGCAAAUGCUUUGGGUCAGUUAUUUUCAGAGGUGGGCAUUCCGCUAAAAAGGUCCGCUAACCGUUAAUCCGCUAAUUAGCGAGCUAAAUAAACGUUAGCGGAUUAGCGGAUUGAAAAAUUUAGCGGAUUAGCGUUAGAGUGCCAAAAUUGUAAGUCCGCUAAUCGCUAAUUUCCAUUUCCUCGCCUCUACUUUCAGUACUUUCAACUGUAUAAAUUCACACACACACACACACACACACACACACACAUUAUAAUUAUAUAGUUAUGUAGCCCUACUUACUAUAACUGGGGUGAUAAAGAUUAAUGGAGUGUCACGUGUGAAUGGAUCAGUGGAAUUAUAUAAAAAUCUACAUGAUAGGAAACAAACAGACAGACGGAGAGAUAUACACACAGACAGACACCCACGCUGCGUGUUGGUCCGGAAGUCACUUCCUGUUACUUCCUGUAGCCUCAAGAUGUCUUGCGUUAAUUAAAAAGGAUAUUUGAUUCCUCAUCAAAGGAACGUAGAAAAUAGCAAUUUUUCACUUAAGUUGUUUGAGGAGGAACCAUACUUGCCUCUAAAAUUUAUCAGUAUUUGAUAACUCCUAUAAUAUACUCAAUCAAUUCAUCUUUAGUUUCGUCCGCGCCACUCAUCUGGUUACACCUAACAACUAGGGAAAGAGAGGGAAUCAAAAUAUUGCUCAUUGUGGGAUCGUCUGCCAUCCCACAAAGGACGUCACUGGACGUGACAGGUUAGUAAACUAUUUGCUAUAUUUGCUAUUUGCUAUUUGUUAUAUUACUAUUAGUCUAUAAUUAUUCAUUGGAAAUUAUGUUUUUUUUGCGGAUUUAACAAAAAAAAAGUUAGCAGAUGAUUGGGGACUUGAUUAACAGGCAAAAAGAAAAAAAAUAGCGUUAGCAGACCAACAAACCUGGAAAAUUACCGUAUUAGCGAUUAGCGAGCUAAGGAAAAAAGUUAUCGGAUUAGCGAUUAGCGAGCUAAAGAAAAAAAAUAUCGGAUUAACGAUUAGCGAGCUAAAGAAAAAAAUUAUCGGAUUAGCGAUUAGCGAGCUAAAGAAAAAAAUUAUCGGAUUAGCGAUUAGCGAGCUAAAGAAAAAUCAGCGGGUGCCCAGCUCUGGUUACUUUUUGUCGUAUUGAUCAUUCCGUAAAAAAAUCAAGUUUAUAUUAAUACAAAAACAAAUUUCUAACAACUGUAGUAAAGAGUAUACUCAACAUAUAUCCUGUGGAACUUUCUUUUAGCAUCCCUCAACACCUUCCUACGAAUCAGCACACAGCGACACGCCAGUCGUCGUCGACAGAUCGACUUGGUCGGCUCGGCUGACGUCAGCCGAAAGAGUCGGUCUGUCGGCACCCUGCUACGGGCCGCCAUCGGCAAAGGACCGUGUUACCCCCUAUAGGGAGGGAGCAAUCUUUGGAGAGGGAGGAAUCAGGUUUAGUACCUCUCCAACGUAACACGCUGACAUUUUUUUUAAUCUUCAUUGUUGUUGGUCAUGGUCAUUGUUUUGUUUUUUUUAUGGGAAAGUAACUACGAGUGUUGGACUUCACCUUCAUCUGACACCUGGCUGCCUGAAAGAGAUCGUGGCCUCGUACACAGCUCGCGUAACCCUUUGCACACAGUUUCCUUUAUCAGUCCGUCGUCAUUCCCGGGUUGGGCCCCGCCAGAGUGUCUUGGGCAACAUACUCAACCCAUCUAAGUUCCUAACCUUGUGGCCACCGCCCCCUUUCCUCAUGGCUGUAUGGCAGCGUUUAAAUACCACGGCCAUGCACUUCUGGAGAGCCCUCUACUGGAGAAACUGGGCGGUUGGUUGGUAGUCGAAUUCAAAAUGAGGUUCGUUAAUAUUAUCAUCAUAACAUAAACAUCUAUUGUAUACUUAAGAAUGUAUGCAAAAAUGUGAAUCAACCUCAUAAAAUAUGAGCGAAGAUCUUGAUUUUAUGUACUAAUUACUAUAAAUAGUGUCUUUCCUCCUUCUCCCAAGAUCUCAGCCCAAUUCCUGGAUCUGCCGCCGCUGCUGGAAAUCGAGAAUCAAAGUCUGUCACUGUUGAACACUCACUUCAGCAUCUCCACCACGGUGCCCCUGCUGUACUCUCACAGGUGGGGCCACCGGGGUGGCGCCAUGCGUUGCCGCCCGGCAAAAUCCAUUUUUCUUGUUUAUUUAAAUGGUGAAUAUGGUAAUUCAAAAGGUUUUAACUCAAUUACUUUAUUUCAUGUGUAUUUAUCUAUUAUAUUUCAACAGCUAGUGUAAAUACAUUGCAUCUAAAAGAAAAGAAAAUAACCUCCGAAAUACUAUAUCAUAUGAUACGGAGAUGUUUUUGUAAAUAUAUUUUCUUGAUGUAGUAAAAAGCAUCGUCAUACCUGCAAAAAAUCUCUCUCUCUCUCUCUCUCUCUCUCUCUCUCUCUCUCUCUCUCUCA